CCGCUAAUUCUUCAUGUCUCGCCAGCAAAACACAAACACACACAACUACCCACACACACACACACAAUCACACUCUUCUCUAUCUCUCCCUCUCCUUCUAAUGGAUUCCCCCUCUAGCUCCUCCGUCAUCAUCAUCGGCGCUGGUGUCUCCGGUAUAUCUGCGGGAAAGGUAUUGGCAGAGAAUGGAAUAGAGGACAUGAUAAUUUUAGAAGCUUCAGACCGUAUCGGUGGUAGGAUCCGAAAGGAGAAUUUCGCUGGCGUUUCGGUUGAGCUUGGAGCCGGUUGGAUCGCCGGAGUUGGUGGUAAAGAGUCCAACCCUGUUUGGGAACUUGCUUGUCAAUCUGGCCUCCGCACUUGUUUCUCUGAUUACAGCAAUGCUCGCUAUAAUAUCUAUGAUCGCAGUGGGAAAAUAUUUCCUAGUGGAGUGGCGGCAGACUCGUACAAGAAGGCGGUGGACUCAGCAAUUGAGAAGCUGAGGAGUCUAGAAGCAAAUCUUGACGGUGAAGUUAUUGAACAGCCUUGUUCACCAAAGACGCCCAUCGAGCUUGCCAUUGAUUUCAUCCUUCAUGACUUUGAGAUGGCAGAGGUAGAGCCAAUAUCAACAUAUGUAGAGUUUGGAGAAAGAGAAUUUCUGGUAGCAGAUGACAGAGGAUAUGAGCAUUUGCUAUACAAAAUGGCCGAGAAUUUUCUUUUUACCUCUGAGGGCAAAAUCUUGGACAACCGUCUCAAACUCAACAAGGUUGUCAGGGACUUGCAGCACUCGAGAAACGGCGUUGUUGUGAAAACGGAGGAUGGUUGUGUCUACGAAGCCAAUUAUGUGAUUUUGUCAGCUAGUAUCGGUGUUCUCCAAAGUGACCUCAUUUCCUUCAGGCCUCCCUUGCCCAGGUGGAAAACAGAGGCCAUAGAGAAAUGUGAUGUGAUGAUAUAUACAAAGAUUUUCCUCAAGUUCCCAUAUAAAUUUUGGCCAUGUGGUCCCGGAAAAGAGUUCUUCAUCUAUGCUCACGAGCGAAGGGGAUACUACACCUUCUGGCAGCACAUGGAAAAUGCAUACCCUGGUUCGAAUAUUUUGGUCGUGACGCUGACAAAUGGGGAAUCGAAACGUGUUGAAGCUCAAUCCGAUGAGGAGACACUGGAGGAAGCUAUGGGGGUCCUUAGAGACAUGUUUGGACCCAAUAUACCUAAUGCCACUGAUGUACUUGUGCCCCGCUGGUGGAACAACAGAUUCCAGCGUGGCAGCUACAGCAACUACCCCAUCAUUUCAGAUAACCAAGAUGUUCAUUAUAUUAAGGCCCCGGUAGGACGCAUCUUCUUCACUGGUGAACACACUAGUGAACGAUUUAGUGGUUAUGUCCAUGGCGGAUAUCUUGCGGGGAUUGACACAAGCAAAUCACUAUUGGAAGAAAUGAGAAAACAGAAGGAAAGAAAAAGUGAGAGUCAAGCAUUUUUGUUAGAGCCCUUGCUGGCAUUGACAGGAUCACUAACACUCACACAGACAGAAGCAGUCCCAAGUCUACACAAGUGUGACAUUCCUACACAACUCUACCUUGGUGGCAAGGUUGGCCUUCAAGAAGCGAUAUUAUGACUAUAUGGACCUACUAACGAAUCCAACUUUAAUGAUGCUAACGAUGAAAAUAUGUUAGAUGAGAAAGAAGAUGGCUGGAUCUCUUUGGAUCCGAAAUCAACCCCCCUUCAGAAAAUAGAAUAGAAUGAAAUGGAUAAAUGCAAGAAAACAGGCAUAGGCACGCGACUUGGUGAAUAAACAUUUCCCAACUCCUGCAGCUUAUAUAUCCUAUUCGGCAUUAUGGAGGUAAUUGUUUGAGGCAUACAUGUGAUGUUAGCUAAUUGGGGUAAAACCUAGAGACAAGAAAGAAGCAUACUUAUGAUUCUAAUUGUACCGGUUACUUGUUUAUACAAGAUAAACCCUUCCAACU